UCGACCGACCUGGGUGGCACGGCGGCGGUGUGUCGGGCGGCGCGAAGCAGGUGGGCCGGCUGCGCGUCGCCCCCACUGAGUCGGCCGGAGCGCUAUAUGGCCGCUCAGUGCAGUGUUGGCCGCCAGCUCGCCCGGCGCGUACCAUGCAGAGCAGUGGCCUGGUCCUCUGGCUCGUGGCUGUAGCGUGCGCGUGUGAACCCUGCCUAGCGUCAACCAGUGGCAGCAGCCACCAGCGGCCCCAAAACACUCUGCUGGCCCUGGUGCGGGCGGCCACGGCCUUGCACCCUCACCCGCCCGCCGCCCACCCGCCCCAGAUAUCCACACUACCCGCAAGCGCUCUCUUAGAUUACCCGCAUCUCUAUCGCCGCCACCAUGUGGCUCCUAACGUGCCCCCAGGACCUCUCCUCUCUAUGUCGCACCAUCACUACGACCAGGCGGACCAGCAGCAGCACCAACAACAAAGCGAGCCUGGGGAUGAUGAUUUGCUGCAGGAGGAGCCGCAAGAUGAAGAGGAGGAGCGGCGGCCGGCGUGGAGUAAGCGCGGGCAGGUCAGUGAUGCCCCAGUGAGCGGCGGGGCAGGUGAGGGGCAGGAGGAGGCCGUGGCCGCGGGCCUGCAGCAGGUGGGCGCCUCCCUGACCACCAACUUCCUGAGGCACUCCCGCUCCGGCCCCAGGCCCUACGAUGUUCCCCGGAUCGAUUGUCCGGCGGCGGAAGAUCAGAUGGAGCGGUUUCCAUGCCCGUCACCUGACAGGAUGGGUCGCUACUGGUGCAUCGAUGACCAUGUCCUCUGUGACGGUUUCAUAGACUGUCCUGACGGCGAGGAUGAGGACAGACAACAAUGCAUGUUCUUUAAAACGACGAAAGCUCACUUGGAUGUGCUGGCAGACGCUAUCAUCCGGUGGGCGCGGGGCGGGAAGUGAUGAUGGUGAAGAAUGUUGGAGCACCACCGCCGCCACCCCCUCCCCCAUCUCCCUCCCCCCCCCAUCUCCCUCACGCAAUAGCCGCCUGUCGACCCAGCCUCCGUCCCUCCAUCACCACUACCAACGCCACCGCCAACCAACCAGCGUUCGGCCGUUACUUCCUACCAGACCAAAAUAUAUGUAGGGAUAAAUACGUAUAUAACUGGAGGGGCAAUAAUAAUAAUAAUAAUAAUAAUAAUAAUAAUAAUAAUAAUAAUUAAUAAUAAUAAUUAAUAAUAAUAAUAAUAAUUUGCAAUAAAGUUUUAAGCAUGAGAGGAGAAGGAACAAGGAUUCUCAUAUUACGGCAAACAAUACAAUCAGAAGCUGCUGAAGAGGUGUGAUAUAUCCAGACCUCAGGUGGGACUUGACAGACAACAGAAUAACACAAUAGGACUUUCAUUGCAAUAUUCUCAUACCAAGACAGACCGAAAAAUGAGAAGAAAAAAGAGGAUCCAGGCUAAUAUUUGCUGCCAGAGUGAGUGAGAGAGGUAACAAGGAGACCAGAGACAUAGCUGUAGGAACCACUGGGACCUGACCAACGAUUAUACGUAAAAAAUGUGACCUGUUCCGCGAGCACUUGAUGACCUAAUGACCCCGACCUGAGCCACGGGGUUCACUAGGUCAAUCACUGUGUUCCCGGACGGCCUCUGUUGUUGGACAUCUUCGAAGUUGGUUGUUUACGAUCUCAAGACGGCGUCCACCUCUAUAAUAAUAAUAAAAAUAAUAAUAAUAAUAGAAAGCAAAACACCGUGAAGGUCUCUGCAGUCUAGCUAGUUGGAUAUACACGACAUCUUCAGUGUUCCUCGGUUUGAUGGAAGCACCAGCAGUGACAUUUUUUUUCCCAUCUGACUUGCUGUGACCAAAUGAUCAUCCCUGGAGUUAAAACAAAACAGAUUUUGACGAGCGAAAAAACAGCCAAUCAGAAUAUUCCUUAACGACCUACACGAAGAUGGAACCACGCAGUUCUGCCUCCGAUCAAGAACCAAAGACGAGUAAUAAGGAUAAUAACAGUAGUAAUAAUAAUGACAGCAAUCUCUGGACUUAAUCUGUUAACUUUGUUGUUAGUUUAAGUCAGCAGGGAGAAGAGAGAGAGCACAAGGGGGUGUAGGACAGCCGAGGUGACCAGGCUGUGUUCUGGGAGUGACUAGUCCACCGGAUGUGUCGCGACUCCUCCUCCACGCCCUUGUCUGUGAGAUUAUGAUAGAUUAUUACUGAGAGUUAUAUACUACGUAUUUCUCUCCCUUGUUCAGCAGCAAUGGGAAAAUGUCGCUUAAAACGGAUAAUCUAUGAUAAUUUCACGUUUUUGAGAAUAUAUGUUUGUUACACACUUGUUUACAACUUGUGGUUAGCAAGGGAAAUUGUAUCUAUAUAUAUAUAAGCAUUAUUUCAUAUAUUGAUUGUUGUUUUGGUUCUUAAAACAAUGAUUUAUAUCAAAGGUUCAGUAAUCAUUUUAUGCAUUACCUUCAUAAAGAAUUCAUCUCCAUGGUUACGUUGACCACUUUUAGAAAGUUAUUCUAUGCCUUUCUAUGUAGAGAAUAAAAUGUAAAAAAAAAUGUUCACAAUGACCAGUUCAGUGUUCAACCUUGAAAAAUAAAAGUGCAUAAUUCCAUUGAUAAUUGCUUAUUAAUACACGAGGGAAGAACUGCCAAGGUAUCACAUCAGAGUCUCAGACAAGUGUUAACUAAGUAAUGACCCACACAUGUACAGUACCUGUUAGCUGUUAACUGUUCCAGGGUUUAUCAGCGUCCUCGUGUGGCUGUCAAGUAUUGACCAGUCAAGACUUUUAUGAUGUUAGCUAUCAAGUGUCAUUUUUUUUUAGGAUUUUGAACCCAAUUGUAGCUGUCAUGUGUCGACUGCAGGAGUUAGUGAGUCAAGGUGUAGGUGUCUAGUGUCAACAGUCACCUGAUGUUAAGAGUCAUGUGUGGCAAUAACUUGACAGCAACCACGAGCUACACGUCAGCAGCCUUAAGGAUCUCGUCAGCUACAAGUCAGAAACUCUUUAAGGUCAUGUCAGUUUACUAUCAGUAUAUUGUGAGUUAAGUAUCGCCAGCAUUCUUGUGUGUUUAGUGUCGACAACUGGAAUAUCUCGGAUGUUAAGUGACAAUAACUCUUAAGACACCUUAUGCCUAAGUGUAUAUCCAUCAAGUACCAACAGUAUGAAGAUUUUAUAGGUUCAAGUGCGACAGUCAGCGAUUAGUACAUCCUGUGAGCCAAGUGCAACUGUUCAAGUAAUAACAAAGGAGGGAGACUGGGAGGUCGAGUGCGAGAGCUUGUGCGAGGCUGUUUUUCUUCUCUCGUACCCGAAUCGCUAGCUACCUACGUCACUUCGAGAGCUGAUUCUCACUCGAGAGGUGAAUGUUGUUAGGCUUUGAGUUCACCAAGAGCAGCUAUUCACUUUCUAAUGUACUCGAGCAUUGGUCGUUACUUUAUGCCUGAGUCAGUGAAGAGUUGAGAGGGUUGACCUCCCCCCCCCCACUAAACUCAAGGUCGUCACUUGAGAGUCAGUCAGGCGAAUCAAGAUGUAAUGACUGCUACUUCACUGAAUAAUUAUACGAGAUAUUAUUCACACGAGAGCGGAGAGUACACAGAACCUGCCGUGUGUGUGAGACAACUGCCACCUGAUACCAAAAAUUUAAAGGAGGUCCAAGAGCUUAUAAGAGACGAACAUAGUGUUGGUUACGUGAAAGCCAUUACGAUCAAUAGCCCCUUAAAGGUUCUUCAAAACAUUUUCUCCUGGACAUUUAUCAGCUAAACAGAGCAGCAGCAGCAGCAACCACCAGUAGAGAUUAAAGGUACACAGAAUUGUAACUAAUGAGGUAUUUUGUGCAACAUUAUGAGAGUCUCUGAUUGAGUUAAGGUUUCUGUGAAUCAAUUACUCUUUCAACAACCAGGGAGAUUUAUGUUAUAUAUACAUUUAAAAAAGAAACUAAGUUGAUACACAAAUCUUGACCAAUCAACAAAACGUUUCUCUAAUUUAAGACUUUUGAGUAAAUCUGAAAACUUUUAGUGUCCCAUGAGACUUUGAGCGAUACAAGAAGUUUCAUUACGCCUAGGACUUUUGAGGAAUUCCAAGAACAAACAUCAGAAUUUUGAGUUUAUCAUUACCAUUCUGUAAACUAGUAACUACAAUUACUCCAAACCUCAAAAAAAAAACUCCAAAACUCUGAGUAACAAACACAAGACUAAGAGGGCCUCAACAACGACAGAACCACGAAGAAACUCCCAAUUCUGAACAACACAGACACCAAGAACCUCAGCAGUAGGUCUGAGAGAGAGAGAGAGAGAGAGAGAAAUACUGAAUGCUAUUUCUCGCGAUACAGAAGAACCUGAUAACAGUUAAUACACAGUUGUAUACAGUGUAACAGAGAGCGACUGUAACAACAUGACUUACUUACCGUGUAGCUGUAACGUUCUUAGUACAGUGAGUAUGUGUACCCACGAGGAUUAUUGGGUCAUUAAUCUGAUUGGCUGCGUGAAGUAACUCGUUCCGUCUGUUAGAGAUUGUCAGCCACACCUGGCGGAUUGUCAGCCAUAUGUUCCACCUGGCGGAUUGUCAGCCAUAUGUUCCACCUGGCGGAUAUUGUUAGCCACAUGUUCCACCUGGCGGAUUGUCAGCCAUAUGUUCCACCUGGCGGAGAUUGUUAGCCACAUGUUCCACCUGGCGGAGAUUGUUAGCCACAUGUUCAACCUGGCGGAGAUUGUUAGCCACAUGUUCAACCUGGCGGAGGUUGUUAGCCAUAUGUUUCACCUGGCGGAUUGCUAGCCAUAUGUUCCACCUACCGGAGACUGUUAGCCAUAUAUGUUCCACCUGGCGGAGGUUGAGCUUGUUAAGGUGUGACUGACGGUGGAGUGGUGGUGACUCUUUGGCAAUAAUGGAGGCGAGGGCAGGACGCUCAAGGGUGAGGGAGCGGGGGGGAUGUCUGCCCCUCGCCCGCGCUCCCCCACCCCCAGCCUCCACCACCACAACCACCACCACAACCACCAGUACCACCAACCACGCCCAUCAUCACAACAACAGCAACACAAGGGACAGAAGCUGGGCCGCAGUAGUACCAUGUCCCCGUUUCAAGUGCAUAGCAUUGUUUUAAUUUAAUAGGAACAUGAAACUGAUGAUAUUUUACUAUUAUGAUACUAAAGUGUUCUCUAAACACCAUGCCUGUGUGAUACUAUGGAAACUGUUUCAUGCCGUGCCACGAGAGGCACGUAGUCAGUGAGGGCCGCCGCACACGUGCCCGCUGGCUCCCGCAUGCGGCCCGUGUGCGCUGCGUCCCCUAGCGGUACUCCGGGCGGCAGGGCCUCGGGCGGGCCGCCCUCCCCCACGCCCUGCUGCCCGGACCCGCGGCUGUAGCGCUGGCCCGGCCCGGGGGCCUUCAGCCACCGGGCACGGGCCUGGCUCACUGGGGUAAUACGCUUUCUGUGUAUCCGACACGGUCAACCCGUGUGCUCAGUGUCGCCUCACGCCCACCCUCGCACCGCCCACACCCACCCGCACCACCCACCCUCCCUCACCGCACACACCACUCUCUCCACACGUUCCACAGUUAGCUUGCACUCAGACCCCUGGUGGCCCGCGCCUUCCCCUUCCACACCUUCCUGACGGCGAUCUCCUGCACCCACAUCUACCCUCUACCCGUGUCCCUCACCACACACCCUCCAGCUCCCCACCACCACCUGCUUCCCUUGGCUAUCCUUACCUAAAUGGCUCUGCCAGUCUUGUCUACUCCUCCUCAUCCUGCCCACCAGCACCCUCCCUCCCUCCCUUCCCUCCUGCACCACUCAUCAACUAUUGGUUACUCUACUUUCACCACACACACACACCACUGUUUAUGCCCCUCGCCUACCUCAUUGGUCCUCUACCCCCCCCCAAGUAUUUGCGGCGUCACCCCCUCCCCCCUCUUGUACAUUUCAAUUACCCCUUUUUUAUAAUUUAUUUUAUUCUCAUUCGUGUUGUAUAUUUUCCCACAUUACCGCCUCUCACCAUCUGUUAUGAGAACCAGUUAUUGCCUUUGUUGUGUGAGUUGUCAGAAACAGAUGAUAUAUAUAUAUAUAUAUAUAUAUAUAUAUAUAUAUAUAUAUAUAUAUAUAUAUAUAUAUAUAUAUAUAUAUAUAUAUAUAUAUAUAUAUAUAUAUAUAUAUAUAUAUAUAUAUAUAUACACACACACCGUCACUUGUUUCAGCUCUAUACUGAAUAUUGCCGGAGUACAGUAGUAUAUCACUACCUGUCCACGCUACUCAUCAUUCUCAUAUAUUUAGUGGAUAAUUUCUACAUUUUCUAUAUAUGUGUGUGACCAUUAUUCCAUCUCUUUUGAGUGAGUGAUUUUUAUGAAGUUAUUAAACAUAUGUUAAAGAGCUUUAAUAUACGUAUUUUGAACAGUAAUGUGACUGAAUUAUUUCCUAAAACUAUGAGCAUUUCUUCAAGGAGAAAAGAUUUAGUGAUAAUUUUAUGUAUUUUCUUCAGCUUUUAAUGACUUAUUUAAAAUUGGAGUUCUCUACAUGGCAGUCUCAAUGGGCUCGUGACAAGUUAGUGUUAACCCACUGUUGAUUCCAGGGCCAUCUAUUGGUCAAUUUCUGCACAUAAUGAUAAUUAUAGUUCGCCUUUAAGUACUUCGUAAACCAGGACUCAUGAUAGUCUCACCCAGAGCCUUAUUCCCGAACCUAACUUAAGGUUGACUAAAUUCUGGGGUAGUCUGGCAGGUACACUCACCUGGUCUAGCCAAAUCGGCCUCCCAGUGUACAGUUCUAGACUACGAUAAAUUUUAACUCAAUUUCUAGAGGAAGUUUGGAGAAUAAAGGCUUGACUAUAGAGGAGAUAUCCAGUUUCUGGCGGGUUGUAGUCAUAGGACACCCACACACCCAAUGAUUUUUUUUUAUAUAUAUAUUUGUUCCACGUAAGUUGACCCCUUCCUUACAUACUGUAAAGACGCGACCAGUAACCUGGAACUGAAGACAACACUAAUUCUGGAUGAUAUACUAGUGUUUAUAUCGAUGCAAUAUUCUCUGUUUAGUAAAGUUAAGUGCAUAAGUAAUAUCA